AAAUCCACAUUACCAUCUCCUUUCUCCAAUCCAUACAAAAUGAAAAUGGAAUCCGAAACAAUCUCGAAAGAAUCCAUCAAACCUUCUUCACCAUCUCCCAACGACAACAAAACAAUGAAAAUGGAGGCUGAAAUAAUCUCGAAAGAAUUCAUCAAACCUUCUUCACCAACACCCAAUCACAAAAAGACAUACAACCUUUCCUUACUCGACCAAAUCGUUCCUCCUAUCUACGUUCCUCUUGUUUUCUACUUUCCCAACCCUCAAAACCUCUCUCAAAUUACACCCCAACUGCAGCAAUCUCUCUCCACAACUCUGUCUCACUUCUACCCCUUAGCAGGGAGACUCAAAGACUCCCUCUCCGUCGACUGCAACGACGAGGGCAUCGCCUUCGUCGUUGCGAAAUUCGCCUAUAGCCUCUCCACUUUCCUCCGAAACCCCGACGCCGCUGCUUCCCGCUGCCACAUCCCCACCCCGCUCACCUGGGCCGAGCCGGGGCCCGGGUCACCCGUUGCCAUGGCCCAGCUCAGCCACUUCGCCUGUGGCGGCGUCGCCGUCGGCGUACUCAUCCUUCACAAGGUCGCUGACGGCGUCGCCAUCGGCUCGUUUGUAAAAUCCUGGGCCAGGGCGACAAUUGCUGGCCUGGCCCCUGUUCCUGUUGCUGCCCUGGCGCCGCCAGACUAUGCGGCACAGUUGCUCUUCCCGCACAAUGAGAGCAUGAGACGGGAAGAGCAUCUCUUCUCCGCCAUGAAGCGGUACUUCGGCUUCGGAAAGACCACGAUGCGCCGCUACGUGUUCGACGCGGAGUCGAUAUCACGGCUCCGUGCACGUCUUUCCGAGCAAGGGACGUCGCGGCCGACGCGCGUCGAGACGGUCUCGGCAUUCCUGUGGAAAUGCUUCAUGACCGCCUCCGCUGGUGGCGGGGGCGUGUCGCUGGUGACGCACGGCGUCAACAUGCGGCGGAAGUCGGAGCCGCCGCUAUCGGAGAACAGCUUCGGCAACCACGUGUGGCUCGUGCCGGCGUCUAGCGAGAACGGGGAAGCCGAUAGGGAUUUGAAAGCCCUUUUCUCCAAAGUGAGAGAAGCCAUAGUUAAAGUGGAUGUUGAGUUUGUGGAAAGAAUGAAGGGCGAUGUGGGGUUUGCAGGCUAUUGCACGAAUCUCGAGGAUUCCUUGAGCGCCUUUCCCGAGAAGGCCGAUUAUCUGGCUAUCUCGAGUUGGUGCAAUUUUGGGAUUUACGACGUGGAUUUUGGGUGGGGUCGGCCGGUUUGGGUUACGAAGUGCGACGGCGGGAGUGAUGUGGAGUGGCCUUUUAUCAAUGUGCUUUGGUUGAUCGACACAAGGGAAGGGGAUGGAGUAGAAGCGUGGUUGACUCUUGAACAACGUUGUUUUGAGGAGUUUGAUAAAAUUAAGGAGGUUGCUGAUUUUGCUUUGAUUGAUCCUAGUCCCUUGGAGAAGUUUGAUAAAAUUAAGGAGGUUGGUGAUCAUGCUUUAAUUGAUCCUAGUCCAUUGAAGAAGCUUGAUAAAAUUGAGGAGGUUGGUGAUCAUGCUUUGAUUGAUCCUAGUCCAUUGGAGAUCAUCCAAACAUCGGUUCUAAGUAAUGGGAUGGUGAAAUCUUGAUACAUUUCAAUCAUUUUGUGUUGGAGUAUGUUGUAUGUUGGCUAGAGUGUUUUGUUUAAUUUUAAUUUUGGGAAUGGUC